GACGUGAACUUCAAAUAACAGGCCUAUAUGCUGAGGAAACGCACAUGUAUCUAAUUAUUUUCAGUUCGCGUUAACUAAGGCGAAUAUAAAUCCCGUUCGUUCACGGAGCUCCUCGGCAGUAGUUUAUGUUCAGCUCCCAGCCUACUCUCCGCCCCCGCGAGCAGACGCAGAUCUCUUGCUGUCUCUCUGUCUGCUGUAGUCCUCAGAGCAGCGCGUGUGUCGCCUCGCGUCAGGAGCGUCAGGAUCAGGAUCAGGAUGGUGGCGAAGGAUUACCCCCUUUACCUGCUGAUCAAACGCGCGAGCGGCCGCGGGGACGAGUCGCAGGAGCCCAGCAGCAAGCGUGUGAAGCCUCUGUCUCGAGUGACGUCUCUGGCGAGUCUCAUCCCUCCAGUCAAAGCUGCUCCGCUCAAACGCAUCGGACAGACGCUGCAGCGCUCCAUUAGCUUCCGCAGCGACUGCAGGCCGGAGAUCAUGGCUCCGCGGCCGUGGGCCAAGCAGAUCGCACCAGCCAUCACCAAACGCCGCGACAGCAAGCUGUGGAGCGAGACUUUCGACCUGGGCCUGGGACAUAUGCUGUCCUCCACAGAGAUCAAGAGACAAGAGGCCAUCUUUGAGCUGUCUCAGGGAGAACAGGACCUGAUUGAGGACUUGAAGCUGGCCAAGAAGGCGUAUCGUGACCCCAUGCUGAAGCUGUCCAUUAUGACCGAGCAUGAACUCAAUCAGAUCUUUGGCACGCUGGAUUCCCUCAUUCCACUGCAUGAAGAUUUGCUGAGUCGACUCCGAGAGGCCAGAAAGCCGGACGGUUCGACUGAUCACGUGGGCCAUAUUCUAGUAGACUGGCUCCCUUGUCUUGAAACCUACAACAGUUACUGCAGUAACCAGGUGGCAGCCAAAGCACUGCUGGACCAUAAGAAGCAGGACCAUCGGGUGCACGACUUCCUCCAGCGCUGUCUGGAGUCGCCCUUCAGCCGCAAACUGGACCUCUGGAGCUUCCUGGACAUCCCACGCAGUCGCCUGGUCAAAUACCCGCUGCUGCUGCGAGAGAUGGUCAAACACACGCCGAACGACCACCCUGACCGCCAGCACCUCCAUCAUGCUAUGAACAUGAUCCAGAGCAUCGUGGCGGAUAUUAACACUCAGACGGGCGAGUCGGAGUGCCGUUACUAUAAAGAGCGCUUGCUGUAUGUGGAAAGCGGUCAGAGAGAUCUGCUGAUCGACAGCUCGCGGAUCCUCAGCUGCCACGGAGAGCUCAAGAACAACAGAGGAGCCGUAAGAACUAUAAUAAAUUAUGCAUAAUUACAUGCAAGUAACCCUAAGGCAAAACCUAAUCCUA